UUGUUUCUAUCCCCAAGACGACUUGGAAGAACAAGGGUUUUCCUUUCGGUAAUGGUUGCUUUGGCGAUUUUACAUUUAUACCUCUUCAGCAGCAAACGUUUCUCGCACGAUCGACUGAUUAGGUGUAGGGAUGCAGGCAAGAUGGCGAGUUUAGCUACACUAGUCGCUGAUGUUAAUCUUCAAAAGGCCAAGGACUCAAAUAGUCGGCCAGGGAAGCUGGCUGGCUACGAAAAUCGAAACAAGAAUAGCAAAAAUCCACCACCAGUUCCACAGCCAAGUUUAGUAACAACAGAUGAUGCAGAAAGAACUGACUCUUAUGAGAGCAGUUCGCGGGUGACGUUAAUUUCAACAAAUGCGACUAAAGAACGAAGCCAUGGUCGCUGCAAAGAAGAUACGCUCCUCACGAGGUCGAACAAGCAUACUUAUGGCACUUGCACGCCACAUAAAGCGGCUGACGAUGCUUGUAGCCUUGCCGAAAGACUUUACUUUUACGACCCUUCUUUAUCUGAAUGUAAGACAAACAAGGAGAAAGGCGAAAUCUGUUCUUUAAUCACUAAAAUUGUUAAGAAGAGAAGAGUACUUAAAGCUAACUGCGACAGCCGAAUAUGCAGAAAAUUUGAAACUCACAAGAAUAGUAAAUCUCAAAGUGAUUCGUUGAUUUUUGGUGUCUUUGUGUUAGAUCCGGAAGAAGGGCUUUUGAGGUCUGCUAGAAACUUUUCACAAGUUUCAGAACUAGAAACACAACUACCGCGGAUAGCACUUCAGUCUUUCCAAAACAAGUUCAACUUCGUAUUUGUUAAAUGCUUUAGUGCAGCGAAUGAGCAGAGUUUGUUUUCGCAGUUGAUCACCAUUCCAGCAGAGAUCACGACUGAAAAGGCACCAAAACAAAGAGCGAAAAAUACCAUAAAUGUAAACAUUGUACUAUUGGAUUCCGUCUCUAGACCACACUUUUACCGCUCCCUACCCAAAACAAUCCAGACUUUUAAGACACUGACGCAGAGAGCACUCUCAGCAAAAGUGUUUGACUUUGAGCUGUUUCAAGCUGUGCACGGACACACGACGCAAAACGAGCACGCGCUAUUCACUGGUCAGCUGCUGCCAGAGUUAGACCCAGAGGUGAGGUCCCCUUCGGUGAAACCGGAAGUGCUUUUCGGACAAUUCAAAACUGCUGGAUACCAGACCCUAUGGCAGGAAGAUCUAUGUUGGACGAGUCGUUGGGGACUAGUGAAUGACCUGGCUGUGGAUGACUGGGAGGAACUGCAGAGCAAACUUAAAGAAAGCUUUGUGGAAAACACGGGUAAUCUUUUAACUCACAAUUGUUACAAACCACAACAAAAAAUUGAGACGUAGCCGAUGACUGCGUGGGUGAGUAGAAAAGGGCUAAUUGGUAGUCAUCAAUGUUCUCUUGUACCGUAGCCUGUACCACAGACCUUUUUUCUCUCUAGACAACGUCGAGCGCGAGCGCGCGCGAAAGAAAAUAAAAACCGCGGUAGAUUGUUUGACCGUACGGCCAAGGAGUUGAUGCAUCCUCGCUUGGCUCGCGCGUAGAAAUAGGAAAUAAAACGCAAUAAAACGAUGCCCUAUUAAGCUAAAAUGCUUAUGUAUGAGAAAGCUCAACGUUCCUUUUCAGGAAAGCCCCUUAUGAUGUUUUGCCGAAAGAUAAUAAAAACAUUUUUUUCACUUUUAAAAUUUACAGGUUUGACACAUUCAAGCUGUGAAGUUCUAGGGUCGUAUGGGGUAGAUAACCCGUUUAACGGUCCCGAUCAAAUCUGCUUCAAUGGCAGAUUACAACACGACUACAUUCUGAAAUAUACAGCAGACCUGCUAGCGACGAUCAGCACUUCUAGGAAAUCUCGUCCGUUGUUCUCUUUCACAAGCCUUAAUGUUGGUCACGACGAUGAAGGGCGAAGAAUACAAUCGCUAGACUCCGAUCUAGCACGUUACGUUACUACUAUGGCGACCAAUCAAGACACGCUAACAAUUCUUUUGGCGGACCAUGGUAAUACGUAUACCGAGUACACUUAUAUAAGCUUGGAAGGUCGCUUUGAGAUGUUCCAUCCAAGCCUAUUCGUCAUAGUACCAAACAAAGUCGCAGGAUUUUUGGGCAAGGAUGCUAUGAACGCUUUGGAAGUGAACCAAAGGAGACUGGUAACCAUGAUCGACUUGCAUCGAUCUUUUAUGUCACUUGCUGGGCCGAUAACAAGAUUUGUUAACCCGACGGGGAUAUUUACUCCCAUAUCGCCUGGUCGAACAUGUCACGACGUCGAGCUUAGGACACCAAAUCUAUGCGUAUGUGAAGGAUGGGACAGUCCCACGACUAACGAUUCUUCAAAAAUUUCCCUCGUAGAGUUCGCAGUGGGUCAACUUAAUAACAUGAUAUUAGCACAGUUCAUAAAAAAUCCGAAGAGCAAAGCCGCGAAGCAAUAUCCUGUUUUAGGCGCUUGCAAAAGACUGCGACCUUUGCGAUUCGAAAAUGUUCGCGAACGCAGUUCCAAAGAAGACGGGGCUCUAAUCACGACUUUUGACGUUUACGUUCGGGCGGGAAACGUCGUAAAACACGAUGAAGAUGUUAUCCACUUGGAAGUGAAAUCAAAGGCUGUGGCUGAUUAUCAUUCGUUGGAAAUGGAGUUGAUCCAUUUCGAUAGACUGACGCUGUUUGGGAAAUACACGCUAUGCGCUGACCAGGAUGUACUACCCAAACUGUGCAUUUGUUCAGAAGAAAAGGACUGGGAGAAUAGAACCACGAAAUUAGAGGAAGUUGCAUGGGCUGAUUACACUACAUUUUUAUUCAAAAGCGCCAAAGCCCAAUCUAUUGGUGAUUUCGAAUGUUUGGUUUUGAUAACUCGAAAUCACAGUUCAGGGCAAAGUUUAGCCAUCGAAGUCGCAAACGCAUGCCCUUAUGAAAGUUUCACAUUGGACAUUUCAGCCGUUUUUGCGAACUUAAAGCUUUCAAGGAAAAUUCCCUUUGAAAUGACUAGUCAAGCUGGAAGCAUUAAAUUUGCGUUUUCCGCUCAAAUUGAGACUAAUUACUGGGACGCGCACUUGGAUGUUUCUGUGAAUAUAAAGAAGGUGACAACAACGCAAAUAUUGACAUAA